UACAGUAAAACGGAACUCCAAAAUAAUUCCGUAACUCUCAUUAUCUCUCCAUCCCUCUCUCUGUUUUAUCAUCAUCUCCACAUCUGUAAGGUUCUCAUUCAAAACCCUAAUUCUCUCAUAACCCUUUCAAUUUCUUUCAAUUUUCUUCCAAAUUUCCUUUCAAUUUCAUCUCCAAUCCAGAUUUGAAUAUCUGGGUUCUGUUAAAUUUUCAAUUUUGAUACCUGGGGCAUGAAAAAAAGAUGACAAGACGUUAUUCAAUAGGCUACGCAUUAGCACCAAAGAAGCAAAAAUCUUUCAUUCAAGAUUCAUUGGUGAAUCAAUCCAGAGAACGAGGUAUUGAUCUUAUCAAAAUUGAUAGUGAUAAAUUGUUAAUAGAUCAAGGUCCAUUUGAUUGUAUUUUACACAAAUUGUCCGGUGAGGAUUGGGUUAAACAAUUAGAUGACUAUGUUAUUAAGAACCCUAAUGUUUUGAUAAUUGAUUCUCCGAAUGAUAUCGAAAUUGUGCAUAAUCGUAUUUCUAUGUUACAAGUUGUUUCUGAUUUGAAAAUUUGUGAUAAGAAAGUUGAGAAUGGUGAUGCCAAGGGAGCUACCUUUGGUAUUCCUAAGCAGAUGGUUAUAAACGAUGUCGAUUCGUUGAUGAACCCGUGCGGGAUGGAUGAGCAUGGGUUGAAGUUUCCGGUGAUUGCGAAACCAUUGGUGGCUGAUGGUAGUGCGAAAUCGCAUAAGAUGGCGCUGGUUUAUAAUAGGGACGGGUUGAAUAAGCUUAAGCCGCCAAUUGUUUUGCAAGAGUUUGUGAAUCAUGGUGGUGUUAUUUUUAAAGUGUAUGUUGUUGGUGAUUAUGUGAAAUGUGUGAAGAGGAAAUCGUUGCCGGAUAUAUCCGAGGAGCAAUUAGUGGGGAAUUCUGAAGAGGGGACUAUGUCGUUUUCACAGAUAUCGAAUAUGACAACUCAGAAUCGAGCGGAUGGAAAGAAUUAUUAUGAGAUAAUGCAUAUAGAAGACGUUGUAAUGCCGCCAGAUAGUUUGAUUACUGAUAUUGCUAGAGGGUUGAGGCAAGCUAUGAGGUUACAUCUGUUCAAUUUUGAUGUUAUUAGGGAUUCGAAGAUUGGUGAUCAUUAUCUUGUUAUUGAUAUUAAUUACUUCCCUGGGUAUGCGAAGAUGCCGUGUUAUGAACCUGUGUUGACGGAUUUCUUUUGCGAUCUCAUUCAAGGGAAGCAGAAUUUGGGUAAUCAGGGUGUGAGGAAGGAAGAAGAGGGUUGUCCUGUGACGGAGUCUGUCAAGGAAGAGAGGACGCUUGUGAGCAAUAAUGGUUCGGCUGAUGCAGGUGAGGAGCACUGAUGAAAUUGUGGAUGACAGGCAAUGGAUGGGUUCAAUCUUUGAUGGAAGAUAAUUGGUGGUUAAAAUUGAUAGCGCCCUGGAGCGUCUGGGAGGUAAAGUUCUUCUAGUUCUUUUUGAAAUUUCAGAUGUGGUGGGCUAGUUGGUAGGUUUAGUUGAAUAAGUAGAUUUUUACACUUCGUUUUAAUGCCUCUCAAGUGGCUUUGUUUUUGGCACUUCAUGUUGAUCUUUGUAUAUUCUGAUGUGGUACCAGAAGUAGGCAUUUUCUCAAAUUUUUACUUUUUAAGUUUUAGGAAGUUCAAAGCUGUAUCUUUCGAGGCUAGUGUCAUUCCUCUUAAUGUUCAUGAACAAUGGAUGCAUGGAAUUUGCUAUGAAAUUUACAUUUUUGACAGAAUUGAUUGUAGUUGGU